AUGUUGUCCUCAAAAAGCCCGGACACGUGUUGUCAGCCGUCGUUCAACUCGUACCGAAAGCCCAAAAGGAUUCGCACGGCUUUCAGUCCGGGACAGCUGUUAAGACUGGAGGAGAUCUUUGAGCGCAACCGAUAUGUGGUGGGCUGUGAGCGCAAACAACUGGCCCGGGAUCUCAAUCUCAGCGAAACCCAGAUUAAGGUCUGGUUUCAGAAUCGACGGACAAAACACAAGAGGGAAAAGCAUCAGCAAAACGGCGGCAAACGCUCGUCCACUGUGUCCGCCCUCAUGAACGGCUACUCGUCCAAUGGUCUGUCACUAUCUGGUGGUCAUUGCAGUGAUAAUGAUGUCGAGGAUGAAGAUGAGGAAGACUUUGUUCAUAAAUAUUAA